AUGAAGUUCCUGGCUGACCAUCAGGCCCAGACCAAACUCCGCCACGCGCUAGAGGCCGCCUUCCCCACCGCUGUCGCCGCAGCACGCGAUCCAGCUAUCCAGGAGAUUACGGGCACGAACAUCCCCUACCUCGACGCCACCUUGGAGGAGACUCUGCGCUGUGCCGUGACCGCCCCGGCCGUCGAUCGGGUUGCGGUGGUGGACACCGAGCUGCUCGGGCAUUGGGUCCCCAAAGGCACUGUGGUGACCUGUUUCGUGACGGGACCCAGCAUGAUGAGCUCCGGCUUCGACAUUGACGAAACCUGGCGGAGUCCCACCAGCCAGGCAGCCUGGAAAAAGGGCCAAGUGCGAGCGUGGGAUCCCGCGGACAUGGGGGUCUUCCGUCCAGAUCGCUGGAUCGUGCACGAGAAGCAAGGGGCCAGUUUAGUGCCACGGCCGGGCCCCAGUUGGCCUUUGGGCUCGGUGCUCGUGGGUGCUAUGGCAAGAGGCUGGUGUAUCUAG